AUGUCACAUGACGAACGUUUACAAACCAAGCCGGAAGUGGAGUGAACUGACGCACGUCUACAGGAACAGCUGUGCAAGGGCCCAAAAAAAGAAAACAUCAGACAGUAUUUUAGUCUGAAUUAAAGCUGGAUCAAGAUGACUACACCUGAAAAAUAUCCUAGGUCUUCAAUUGAAGAUGAUUUCAACUAUGGGACAAACGUUGCGACUGCGAGUGUGCAAAUCCGGAUGGAUUUCCUGCGCAAGGUAUACACCAUCCUUUCUCUUCAGAUCAUCCUGACCACGGCUACCUCUGCUCUCUUCAUGUUCUGUGACACCAUCAAGGACUUUGUCCAUUCAAGUCCAGCGGUCGUGUUGGUGUCAGCCAUUGGCUCCCUGGUGUUGAUCGUUGCCCUGGCCUUCUACAGACAUCAACACCCCAUUAACCUAUACCUGCUUGCCGUAUUCACUCUGUUGGAGUCGGUCUCUGUUGCCACCGCAGUGACCUUCUAUGAGUACUCCAUCGUGCUCCAGGCCUUCUUCCUCACAGCAGCUGUGUUCCUUGGGCUGACUGCCUACACCUUCCAGUCCAAGAGAGACUUCAGUAAACUGGGAGCUGGAUUGUUCUCCGGCCUGUGGAUCCUGAUCAUCGCUGGUUUCAUGAAGCUCUUCUUCCAGAACGACACAGUGGAGCUGGUGUUUGCUGGUGCGGGAGCUCUGUUGUUCUGUGGCUUCAUCAUCUACGACACCCACCUCCUGAUGCACCAGCUGUCCCCUGAGGAACACGUCCUGGCCUCCAUUAACCUGUACCUGGACAUCGUUAACCUCUUCCUGCACAUCCUCCGCAUGCUGGACUCCAUGAAGAAAAACUGAGCUUCUAUUCCCUAGUGCGCUACACACUAUUCCCUAUUUAGUGCACUACGUUUUGACCAGGGCCCAUAGGGCUCUGUAUGAACGUAGUGCACCGUGAAGGGAAUAGUGUGUGGUUUGGGAUUCAUGCUGCUUAGCUCACAGGGUGACUUGGGAUCGAUUCAGUUUUCAAUUCAGUCACAUUUUCUUGAAUUAUUUAGAGAAUCCUCAUAGAAAAGAAAAUGGACAUUUAUCAAUUUUCACCUCCUGAAUUGAAAACUGAUUUGCCCUUAAAUCUCUGAUAGACGACCAUGCUGUAGAUCCUACCAGUGAUUGUGAAACGUUAACCCCGCCGUCUAAGUUUAACCCCUGGAGAUAAUAUUAUAUUAUAACCUGUGCCAUUUUGUUUUAGCAUUUUGGAACUGGCUGUGUUUUUGGACUUAUGCUGUUUUUGUUCUAUACUGUUUAUUAUUCUGAAUGUAAAAAAACAAAAAAUCCUAUUUAAUUGUGGGUUGCUCGCUCUGUGAAUGAUACCUUUCUGAAUAUUCAAGCAUACGGAUUAUGUAAGGUUGUUUUGGGUGAUGGUGUAAAAUAGCAUAACACAUUUUUCUAAAGAAAGUACUUCAUUCUACUUCAGUCGAACUUCCAUCCCCUAGCUUGCUGCUAUUCUGAAUUUCAACACAUAAAAACAUGCCUUAGUUUACUCUCCAUAGGAAUAGAAACAUCCACUCAGUGGCCAGUUUGUAUUAGGUCCAUCUGGUACCGGGUCGGACCCCCUUUUCCUCCAGAACAGUCUGAGUUCUUUAAGGCAUGGAAACAAUUGAUAUCAACGGACCUAACGCCCCCAGUCUGUACCGUUGACACCAGGCAGGAUGGGUCCAUGGACUGUACCGUUGACACCAGGCAGGAUGGGUCCAUGGACUGUACCGUUGACACCAGGCAGGAUGGUUCCAUGGACUGUACCGUUGACACCAGGCAGGAUGGGUCCAUGGACUGUACCGUUGACACCAGACAGGACGGGUCCAUGGACUGUACCGUUGAGACCAGGCAGGAUGGGUCCAUGGACUGUACCGUUGACACCAGGCAGGACGGGUCCAUGGACUGUACCGUUGACACCAGACAGGACGGGUCCAUGGACUGUACCGUUGACACCAGACAGGACGGGUCCAUGGACUGUACCGUUGACACCAGACAGGACGGGUCCAUGGACUGUACCGUUGACACCAGACAGGACGGGUCCAUGGACUGUACCGUUGACACCAGGCAGGAUGGGUCCAUGGACUGUACCGUUGACACCAGGCAGGAUGGGUCCAUGGACUGUACCGUUGACACCAGACAGGACGGGUCCAUGGACUGUACCGUUGAGACCAGGCAGGAUGGGUCCAUGGACUGUACCGUUGACACCAGGCAGGACGGGUCCAUGGACUGUACCGUUGACACCAGACAGGACGGGUCCAUGGACUGUACCGUUGACACCAGACAGGACGGGUCCAUGGACUGUACCGUUGACACCAGACAGGACGGGUCCAUGGACUGUACCGUUGACACCAGACAGGACGGGUCCAUGGACUGUACCGUUGACACCAGGCAGGAUGGGUCCAUGGACUGUACCGUUGACACCAGACAGGAUGGGGUGUACCUUAUAAACUGGCCACUGAAUGUAGAGAUCUGAUCAUUCUAGAAAGACUUGAAUAGUAGUCACAGUAAAGUUUGAUCAAAUACACUAUUCUCCACUAUUGACUUAACCAGGACACCUGAGAACAUUUAUCACAUAGCAACCCAUUCCAUAUAUAGUGCACUGCUUUUGACCAGAGACAUUGUCCCAAAUGGGACCCUAUUCCCUAUAUAGUGCACUACUUUUGACCUGAGACAUUGUCCCAAAUGGGACCCUAUUCCCUAUAUAGUGCACUACUUUUGACCGGAAACAUUGUCCCAAAUGGGACCCUAUUCCCUAUAUAGUGCACUACUUUUGACCGGAGACAUUGUCCCAAAUGGGACCCUAUUCCCUAUAUAGUGCACUACUUUUGACCGGAGACAUUGUCCCAAAUGGGACCCUAUUCCCUAUAUAGUGCACUACUUUUGACCAGAGAUAUUGUCCCAAAUGGGACCCUAUUCCCUAUAUAGUGCACUACUUUUGACCGGAGACAUUGUCCCAAAUGGGACCCUAUUCCCUAUAUAGUGCACUACUUUUGACCGGAGACAUUGUCCCAAAUGGGACCCUAUUCCCUAUAUAGUGCACUACUUUUGACCAGAGACAUUGUCCCAAAUGGGACCCUAUUCCCUAUAUAGUGCACUACUUUUGACCAGAGACAUUGUCCCAAAUGGGACCCUAUUCCUUAUACAGUGCACUACUUUUGACCAAAGCCCUAUGGGUCAUUUGGGACAGAGAUUUUGAUAUACCAGCAAACAGAGGGAUGCUCUGGGACCAGGAAACAUGUUCAACCAGUUACCUGGUGGGCAGAACCAUGUACAGUAGAACAAUAACCACAUCAGAUGUCAGGAAAGGGAAUCUGAAGAACACUACAGGGUUGAAUACCAAGAGGUUUCCAUUUGAGAUCAUGUAAAUACUAAUGAAGGGAUUUUACUAGGCUCUAUAUUCUGUUUCCUCAGUCAUUCAUUUAUUAACAAACCUGCAAGUGCAAUACAAAUUGUCAUGUUUUAAGUAAAAUAGUUACACGUCUAUUUGGUGAACUGUGAAUGCACCGUCAAUUGUAUAUGCUUUGAUUUCUUGAUUAAAUUGUAAAGUUGAGUGUUUUAA